CUUAUCGGCGUCCAGAUUAAAUUGCUUGACGCAGUGUUCUCUCGCAGGCGGAAGACACUGCUCUAGUGGAUGAAAUGACGUGCUCUUGGCAGCGGCACUUUGUUGCCUUUAUUGCCCUUAUUUUAAAUCUCGCGACAGCUACAAAUGGACUGCUGCCCGCAAAAUCUGACUUUGAGGUGUGCACCACGGUCGCUCCUAAUGUGAUCCAAGUCGAGAACCCGACCCAGGGAUUGGAGUGCCGUGCAGGGUUGCCUUCGACCGGCCUCGGGGUCAACGUCACCCUCGAGUGGCUCUCACUGGAAGCAAAUUAUGGGGACUACCUUGUCAUCAAUCCAGGCACCACAACAAACAUCAAGCAAACAGCGAUUUUUACUUGGAACGUGAAAAAUCCCGUGCACGUCGUGAUGCCUGCCAGAGACGACUUCUCGCUGCGUCUGAAGGUUGGAGAAAGACCUGCAGGCCCACAGCAAAGAAAAGCCAAUGGCAUGCUUGGAUUCAAGUUGAGGUUCACGACUUUCGAUGUUCCAACGCCUCCUCCAACCACACCUAUCACAACGACGCCGCUGCCCCAACCUCCGGAUGACGAGCCUUGGCCAUCCUACAUGGUCUACGUGGGAGGAAUCCUGCCGCAAAAUCUUGCCGAUCGAACUGAAGAAUUCCGCCAGAUCAUCGCGGACAAGUCAAACGAGUAUUGCAGGAUAGCAGAAAUCGCCCUGGAGCAACCAAUAAGGCCAGAACACGUGCAGCUUUUGUCUCUGCGCCAGUGUCCGCUAAACUGGCCAAACGCAGAAUAUUGCAGCGAAAUAAAACUGGCCGUACCUGCGUUUUUGGAGGAUCCGAAUAAACCCUAUGAGUUGAGCGUUAUAAGUCUGGAGAAAAUGUGGACCAGCAACAGAACACUGCCGGAUUGGCUGACUUACUACGAAAAGCCCUCAAGCGAUUUGUUUUUCUGGUGGCUUGGUGUUUUCUUCGGCAUCGUUUUCCUCUUCAUUGGCACCAUCAUGCUCGCGUGGAGAGUCAGGAUCUACAGAUCAACUAUUGGAAAUUUGAUGGUGCCGAACGAGAAGACAGACUCGCUGUGGCCGCAGGCGGACGCGAGUGUUUCGUCGCCGCAGGCCCAAGUGCCUCCUUACCUGGUGAUUGACCAGCCCGUCAACGACGCCGCCAGCCGAAAAUUCUACUACGAGGAGAGGAAUUCUUACGCGAACCCUGAGCCGAUGCGCGGCGUGAUUAAUGAAGCUUACGAGUUUGAGGACGACGAUGAUGCCCUGGACAUUGUCGCGUCGCGGAACAUCUACGACUACCCGGAUCAGCCCGAGUACGAUAUCGAUCAGAACGGCAUCAUCCUAGGCGGGUCGGCAAAAGACUCAGAAAUUACUCUUUGAUUGGCAUGGAGCCGUGCCAAACGACAGAGAUUCUAAUGUGUAUUUAUUUAUUUGUCACUUUCAAUAUUAAGAUAAACUUUUAUUUUAUUUUACAUCAAGAAUCUAAAAUUGCUAUGCAACUGUGAAAAAAUGUAGCGAAAAAACCCUUUCCGAAAAUUGAGCGGAGCAAAAAAUUGGCUGGACUUGUAAUGUACAAAAAUAAGUUACUGUCAAAAAGGUUUUUACCUUGUAUUAGAUUUUUGGUGUGUGUUGCAGCUCACCUACUUCUAUUUCACAUUUUAAAUAAUAAAAAUUCCAUUUUCAGCGCUUCCUUAAAGAGCACCAUAUAAUAAACUAAGAUGUCAAAAUUUAGUACAUAUAAUAAAAUUCAAAUUUCAAUAUAA